GCCAUUCCCUUAAAGCCCCUGUUGGUCGUUGGCAAAAGGGUAAAGAUUUAUCAUGGUAUGCUAAAGAAAGAAAAGAUUCGGAAGCCCAAGAUACUAUGCACAAGUCUGAUAUUGCUGCAAUUAAAAAAGCCGAAGAAGAAGCCAUGUUAAUUGCUCUGGGCCACAAUGUUGUAAAGAAAGAGAGCCAACCUUUAUCUAAGGAGGAGAUGAGAGAAGCUUUGAAAAGGAGUGUUGGAAGCCGGGAUGAUUAUGAUAUUGACCGUGUUCAAGGUAUAGGAUCAGGAAGAAAAGCCUUAUUAGCCGGAGUAAGUUCAAAACCUUCGAAUGAAGGAGUUACAUUUGAGACAUCAAGAAAAAAAGUUGAAAGUCAACAAGAAAGCUCAGAACUUAGUAAGAGAGAAAAAAAGAAGAAGAAAUCCAAGAAGCACAAGCGGAAUAAACAUACUGAUUCUGAAGAUUAUCACAAAAAAUCCUCAAAGAAAAAGAAAUCUGAACAUAAGCAUCAGUCUUUCACCAGUGACUCUGAAUGUGAUCAUCCCAAACAAAAGAGACAUAAGAAACGCAAAAGACACGACAGCAGUUCAGACGGCUAAACAACAAAUGCUCAGAAGUAUUUUUAUAAUAAUAUGUUCUUCACAGUUUGAAGUGACUUCAUAAUCCUUUUUUUAACCCACUGAUGGUUCUGCUCAUAAAAAGUCAUAUUUUAACCUGCCAUCUUCUCUGCGUAGCAAAAACCAGGGUAUCUGCGCACCUGGAAAGUCAUGAGAAAUCAUGGAAAGUCAUGAAUUUCGGUAUUGAACAAAAUUUGUCAUGAUUUUAACUAUUUUAUUAAAAAAAUCAUGGACAGUCAUGGAUUUAGGUCGCCGAAAAAUCUAAUUUUUAAAAUGAAAUUUACCUCCCCCCCAAUUUCAUGGUGUUUCUGAAUAUCUGAUUUGUAACUAAAUCCCCUCUCACAGUCAUAUUUUAAUUUAACAAUGUUUUUAUCAUGUUCUUUAAAAAUUAUGGUGUUCUUUGAAAAAAUGAAAGAAGAAACCAUUUCUAGAUUAAAUUAUCGUUUAAGCAUUUCUGAUUUCAGAAUUUUUGUUAUUAUUUAUUUUAUCAAUUUAAAAUUCUAGCUGGAGCAAGCCAGUCAUAGGCGAAUUUUCUUUAUUCCGAAAUGAGAACAGAAAAAUAAGUAUUUUUUUCCUUUCUUAUGAACAAGAAAAGUAUCUUUAGAAUAUAAUUCUGUAGAAAAACAAAUAUUUUCUUUUGUAUUUUUUCAGCUAUUUUAUUGCUUUAACUCUUUCUUUACUCUGUUUCUUAAAUUUAAAAUCUAUGAAUGUGAAGAUGCAGAGUAUAACAGUUUUGGUUAUACCUAUCAUUUCAAUUAAUGUUAUUAGAAUGCUUUUUUAAAUUUAUUGUUCUGUUUUUGUCGGAGGAAAUAGUAACUUUGUUAAGUUAUGAAAAAUUCUUGGAACUAGUCAUGAAAAGUCAUGAAUUUGAAAAUCUAAAAUGUAGCAGAUACCCUGUUUGCUCGUAAAAAGUCGAAUUUUAACCUGCCAUCUUCUCUGCGUAGCGAAACCAGUUUGUAAAUUUCAUUGGUUAGGGAAAUACUGUAUUGUGGAGAAACAUUCUCCCAAUUUUGUCCAUUUUUUGAACCUUCAGUGGGUUAAACUAAUUAUUUUCAUCGACUGCUUGUAAAGAUUUUUUUCCAUCUUAUAAUCAUUAAAAAGAAGUUCAAAUAAGUUAGGUAUUUUUUUCCCUGCCAAAUUAACAUCUUCUCAUGUCAUACAAAAGUGGUGUAUUGUGGGAAAAAUAAACCUCUCAAAGGAUUGCCUGGAAA